UACACCUACGUUGUACCUACCUUAUACACACAAGAAACCUUUGGCAGUGCUAAAUUUGAUCUAUUCACACUACGAAUUCGCGUUUGUUUGAAGCAUUCAAUUCUCGAACCCUAAAGCUAUGGCGGUCUCGGGCAUGGUUUUCCAGCCUAUUCCGAGCUUUUUCGGCGUCAGAAUCAGUACCCACUCUCCCUCCUCUUCAAAAGCCUCUUUUUCCGGCGUGUCAGUCAAUGCCGGAGCUCGGUUGUCCGGCUGUCUCCGGCUCGUGGGUCGUGAAAACUCUAGGGUUUACACAAAACCCAAAACUUUUUCUGGGUUUUUAGAUUCUGGAUUCUGGGAUUGUAAUGAUCAUGUACAGUACUAUUAUAACUAUGGAUCUUGGUCGACGAUCAGGUGUCGUUGUGGAAAGAGAGAGAAGGAAAAGAGGAUUUCCGGUAUGGUGGCCACGAAGAAGAUGAAGUUUCUUAAGAGAUUGUCAAGUGACUUGUCUAUGUUCUCAGAGAUGGGUUGUGGGUUGGGUUCAGAGCAUGGUUCUAUAGAUGAAGACAAGGAAAAGAAGAUGAUAUUGGAAGCGGCAGAGAUACUGCUCGAAAAACUGCAGCAGCUAAGGGCAAAUGAGAAGGAAUUGAAGAGGAAGAAGAAAGAAGAGAAAUCCAGGUUGAAAACUGCGAAAAUGCAAAACAGGCUACGAGUAUCAUCUGAUUCUUCUUCAUCGGAUUCUUCUUCCAAAUCAAGCGACAGCGAGUGUGAUGAAGAGGUGGUUGACAUAAGCCGCCUUCAAAAUCCAUCCCUUGCACAACCAAUUCUAAAUGAACUACUACAACCAGUCACUCAGGAAGCAACUUCCACGCUUCCAAACACACCGAUCCAAGAAGGGAACACCACUGAGGAAAGGGGUUUUGAAGUUCGCGAUUCACAGAGUCAUGACCAAGAAUGCUGCACCGGAACUAGCACCAGUUGUAGCAACGAGGGUAGUACACGAGCAUCAUCGACGAAAAUUGAGGUCUGCAUGGGUGGGAAGUGCAGGAAGUCGGGGGCCGCAGCGUUGCUGGAGAAGUUCCAGAGGGCGCUUGGCGUUGAAGGUGCUGUUGCUGGAUGCAAGUGCAUGGGCAAGUGCAGAAAUGGUCCUAAUGUAAGGGUUUUGAAUCGCGCUGGCAGGGUUCAAGGACAGGGCAUAGACGAUUCAGUUAGGGCUCAAACUAAUCCUCUGUGCACUGGGGUUGCUCUUGAGGAUAUGGACUCAAUUUUGUCCAAAUACUUCGGAGAAACGCAUAAGGAUUAUGGUAGUAUGGCCACUGCAUCUUAGAAGGAUUUGCAGUUUACCACUUGAGUGGUGGAUUUAGUUUUGACUUUGUAAUUGAUGCUACUACUAGUAUUUACUCUGCAAAUGUAAAUCACUCGUAUUGAUAAUAUAAUCAUACACA